AGAAACAAGCGCGGGGAGAGCGUCCGAAAACGGGGGGAGAGGGAGAGAGAGAGAGAGCGCCGUGCAUUCGUUGAUUUCCGUUCUUCAAUUCGCUGCAAGAUUUUUCAUCCCGAUUUCCAUUUCCAGGGCAAAAUCCAAGGUUGAAGGUGCGCCUCGAUAAUCGACCAGGGAGUCUACGUGUUGGUUGACUGACAUUUCGGAUGUCAAGAAUCUAAACGGAAGAAUUGAUUGAAUACGUAGACAUAGCUCGGACUUUCAUUUUUUUUGCAUUUUUUUUUUUUUGCUUUUUGGGGGCGAGAUUAGCAGGAUUAGAUUCGGUAUAGAGACAGGGUUACGGGCGCCGGGUUGGAUGUGCAGAUCUUGCAACUCUUAACCCUUAAUUUCACUCCGAUCGGCUGCAUUUGGUUUCUCUGCGGCGUUUUUUGUUGAUCAGUUGUUUGAUUUGGUUUCUGUAAAUAGAACUGCGAAUGAGCUGUCAGAUCCUUCCCGGUCAGUAGUAGAAGGGUUUGGGAUUUGGAUCUGAUCGCUGUUGUCAAGGAAUUACGAAGUUUGUGUCUCCUGGAUGAGAGAGCUGCGGUGUUUAUUGUAACUAUAUUGUCGUUUACUGUACCUAGUUGCUUAGAGAUAUCUGUUCAUACAUGUUUGGGAAAUCGAGUGGUAAGAAAACGAUGAAAUGGGGAUCGUUGCUUAAAGACUUGAAGGACAAAGUAGGUCUCUCCCAGGCUUCCACACCGGCGUCAUCUGCUCCAUCAUCGCCGCCCUUAAAAGAGAGCAGCAGCGGCAACAAUGCCAACCAUCGCUCGCCGUCCCGCCAAGACUUUUUGUCACGGGCUUCAAGUGGAGAAAAACAUGAAUUGGAAUGGGAUUUUAAGAGAUACUGGGAGGAGUUCCGUUCAUCCACUUCUGAAAAGGAGAAGGAAAAUGCAUUAAAUUGGACUGUAGAUAUUUUUUGUAGAUUAGAGAAGCAACACACAAAUGUUGCCCAAGUAAUUUCAAUGCUAGUAGAGACCCACAUAUUUUCUUUUGUUGUGGGAAGGGCAUUUGUAACAGAUAUUGAAAAGUUGAAGCUUAGCAGUAAAACAAGAGCUUUGGAAGCUGAGAAAGUUUUGGCAUUUUUCUCAGAAAUCACAAAGGAUGGCUUUAGACCUGGUGCUAAUCUAUUGCAUGCAGUGGAAAUCCUAGUAUCUGGGUCUGUUGAUAAGCAAUCAUUUCUAGAUUCUGGAAUCUUAUCCUGUUUGAUUCAUGUGCUGAAUGCUCUUCUUGCUCCCGAUGGUGGCAACCAUUCCAAAGAGCCAAAUAAUGAUGAUGAGUUGCUAUCGGUUCAUGAAAAUAAUACCGCUGAAACAAAAUCUGUUCCCCAACUUGAGGUUGAGGGUAGGGUUGUACAUAUUAUGAAAGCAUUGGCUAGCCAUCCCUCAGCCGCUCAAAGUCUGAUAGAGGAUAAUUCACUUCAGUUAUUGUUUCAAAUGGUUGCCAAUGGUUCUUUAAUUGUGUUCUCUCAAUACAAGGAGGGUCUUGUUCCUUUGCAUACCAUUCAACUUUACAGACAUGCCAUGCAGAUUCUUGGUCUUCUUUUGGCUAAUGACAAUGGCUGCACUGCUAAGUAUAUACACAAGCAUCAUCUGAUAAAAGUACUUCUCAUGGCCAUCAAGGAUUUCAAUCCUGACUGUGGAGAUCCUGCCUACACUAUGGGCAUUGUGGACUUGCUUCUUGAGUGUGUUGAAUUGUCAUAUAGAACUGAUGCUGGUGGCGUCAGACUCAGGGAGGAUAUUCGCAAUGCUCAUGGUUAUCACUUCCUUGUCCAAUUUGCUUUAACUCUGUCAAGGAUUAGAGUUGAUCAGACAGUGCAGUCUGGUUCACCUUAUGCUGAGUCUGCUUCAGACAGGUUACAUGUCGCUGGUGGGUCAGGAAGAAAUGAAUUAAGAGAAGAUGGAAAUGCCUCAACGCAAAGUCUCUCUCCAUCACUUUGUAGGCUUCUUGAUGUCAUCAUCAAUUUUGCUCUGACAGGACCCUCAGAUACUGAUGGAUUAUCACGGCAGAAGGCUCUAAAAAGUUCUCAAACAAAGCCUAAUGGGCAUGGAAGAAGCCGCACAUCAUCCUCCGAUCAUAUAACUGAUGAAAUGUGGGAUAUGGAUAACGGAAAAGUCAAAGAUUUAGAAGCUGUACAAAUGCUACAGGACAUUUUAAUCAAAGCUGAAAAUACUGAACUACAGGCGGAAGUGCUAAAUAGAAUGUUUAAGAUGUUCUCCAGUCAUCUUGAAAACUACAAGUCGUGUCAGGAAUUGAGAACUGUUCCUCUAUUGAUUCUUAAUAUGGCUGGUUUUCCUUCUGCGCUGCAAGACAUAAUCUUGAAAAUUCUUGAAUAUGCAGUGACCGUUGUGAAUCUCAUCCCUGAACAAGAGUUGCUUUCACUUUGCUGCUUGUUGCAACAACCAGUAACCUCUGACUUGAAGCAUACGAUUCUGUCCUUUUUUGUAAAACUUGUAUCUUUUGACCAGCAGUACAAGAAAGUAUUAAGGGAAGUUGGUGUGCUGGAGGUCCUAUUAGAUGAUUUGAAGCAACAUAAGUUUCAGCUGGGUCCCGAGCAGUUUAGUGAUAACCAUGGCCAGUUGGAAAUAGAAGCUAGCUCUAGCAGCUUCCAGAAGCACCUAGACACCAAGGAUGCUAUCAUUUCUUCCCCAAAACUCUUCGAAUCUGGUUCUGGAAAAAUCCCUCUUUUUGAUAUGGAGGAGACAGUUGCUGUUGCUUGGGACUGUUUAGUAUCCUUGCUCAAGAAAGCAGAAGCCAAUCAAGCAUCAUUUCGUUCUGCUAAUGGUUUUGUGAUUGCACUUCCUUUUAUAGCCUCUGACAUCCACCGUCCAGGCGUUCUCCGGGUGUUGUCAUGUUUGAUUAUGGAGGAUGUCAAGCAGGUCCAUUCAGAUGAAUUAGGUUCCUUGGUUGAGAUUUUAAAAAGUGGGAUGGUUAUAAGUGCUUUGGGAUCUCAAUAUACUCUUCAAUGUGAUGCAAAAUGUGAUGCUUUUGGAGCCCUAUGGAGGAUAUUAGGAGCUAAUGGCUCGGCACAGAGGGUUUUUGGUGAAGUGACUGGUUUUUCUCUUUUAUUAACUACCCUUCAUUCUUUUCAAAGUGAUGAAGAACAGAACAAAGAGCUGACAAAUUCUGUUGGAAUUAAAAUCUUUACAUAUAUGAUGCGCGUAAUGACAGUUGCAGUUUCUGAUAAUGCUGUCAACAGGACAAAGCUACAUUCAAUGCUAUCUUCACAUACCUUUUAUGAACUUCUCUGUGAAUCUGGGUUAAUUUGCGUUGAAAGUGAAUGCCUAGUUAUACAGUUGUUUCUGGAACUUUCACUUGAGUUGGUUCUUCCACCAUCUCUAAUGUCAGAAUCUACGAUGGUAUCUCAUAAUACUGGGAAUGAAUCAACCUGUUUUGUUUUGACAACACAAUCAGGCUCUUUUGCUCCUGAGAAAGCACGGGUGUACAAUGCUGCUGCUGUCAGGGUGCUCAUACGUGCUUUGCUGCUGUUCACUCCAAAGGUUCAGCUAGAAUUGCUUAACCUUAUUGAAAAGCUUGCUUAUUCCAGUUGCUUCAAUCAGGAAAAUCUAACAUCAAUAGGUUGUGUACAAAUUCUUUUGGAGAUUGUAUACCCCAUCCUGUCAAGUUUUUCUCCUUUGGUUUCUCAUGCUUUGAAGGUUGUAGAAGUUCUUGGUGCCUACAGGCUAUCAGUAUCAGAGCUUAGAAUUCUUGUUCGAUACAUAUUCCAAAUGAGGCAUUUUAGUUCUGGUCGGUACCUUAUCCAGAUGAUUGAAAGAUUGAUUCUUUCAGAGGAUAUGGGAUCACAAGAUGUGUCUCUUGCCCCAUUUUUGGAGUUGGACAUGAGCAAGAUAGGCCAUGCUUGCAUUCAAGUGCCACUAGGGGAAAGAUCGUGGCCCCCUGCUGCUGGUUAUUCUUUUGUAUGUUGGUUUCAGUUCAAAAACUUCUUAAAAUCUUCAUCAAGGGAGAGUGAAGCUCCUAAAGCUAUACCUCCUAGAAGACAAAGUGUCAAAAGUGGACAACAAUAUGGAGGCCAGGUUUUAAGGAUAUUCUCUGUUGGGGCAGUGGAUAAUGGAAGCUCGUUUUAUGCAGAGCUUCGACUAGAUGAUGAUGGGCUUCUAACUCUUGCAACAAGCAAUUCUUCCUCCCUUACUUUUUCUGGGAUUGAAAUGGAGGAAGGCAGGUGGCAUCACCUUGCAGUUGUGCAUAGCAAACCAAAUGCUUUGGCUGGGUUAUUUCAAGCUAGUUUUGCUUAUUUAUAUCUGGAUGGAAAGCUAAGACACACUGGGAAGCUUGGAUACUCUCCUUCUCCUGCUGGGAAGCCUCUAAAUGUAACUAUUGGGACACCGGUUGCCUGUGCAAAGGUUAGUGAUUUGUCAUGGAAGCUCAGAUCUUGCUACCUAUUUGAAGAGGUGCUUUCUCCAGGUUCGAUAUGUUUUAUGUACAUUCUUGGGCGAGGAUACAAAGGGCUGUUUCAGGAUUCUGAUUUAGUGAAAUUUGUUCCUAACCAGGCAUGUGGUGGGGGUAGUAUGGCUAUAUUAGAUUCUUUAGACAGUGACUUGCCUUUGUCCCCAAAUAUACAAAAUCCAGAGAUUUCUGGCAAGGUGGAUCAUAGUGGGAUUGUUUGGGAUUCUGAUAAAUUGGGAAAUCUAUCCCUCCAGUUGUGGGGUAAGAAAAUGAUAUUUGCAUUUGAUGGAACCAUUACAGAAAUGAUUCGAUCAUCUGGAACUUUAUCUGUGCUCAAUCUAGUUGAUCCUCUAUCAGCUGCUGCUUCUCCUAUUGGCGGGAUACCACGUUUUGGUCGACUUAUUGGAGAUACUUAUGUGUGUAAACAUUGUGUCAUUGGUGAUACAAUCCGUCCCAUUGGAGGCAUUAAUAUUAUCCUUGCGCUUGUUGAAGCUGCUGAAACUAGGGACAUGCUUCACAUGGCAUUGAUGUUACUUGCAUGUGCGCUUCAUCAGAAUCCUCAGAAUGUUAGAGAUAUGCAGAAGUGUCGUGGAUACCACUUGCUAGCUCUUUUCCUUCACCGCAGAAUGUCAUUGUUUGACAUGCAAUCGCUUGAGAUCUUUUUCCAGAUAGCUGCAUGUGAGGCAUCUUUCUCCGAACCCAGAAAACUUUGGACAGGGCAGACGACUCAAUCGCCUGUUGUCACCGUUCACGAGACGAGUUCUGAAGAUUUCAAUUUAUCAAAAUUUCGUGAUGAAUUUUCAUCGGUGGGAUCUCAGGGGGAUAUGGAUGAUUUUUCUGCUCCAAAAGAUUCCUUUAGUCAUAUAUCAGAGCUCGAAAAUACAGAUUUGCCAACAGAGUCGUCUAACUGCAUUGUUUUGUCAAAUGCUGAUAUGGUUGAACAUGUAUUGUUGGAUUGGACUCUAUGGGUGACAGCUCCAGUGCCAAUUCAAAUUUCUUUACUUGGGUUUCUUGAGCAUCUGGUCUCCAUGCACUGGUAUAGAAAUCACAACCUUACAAUUCUCCGCAGAAUUAAUCUUGUCCAACAUUUACUUGUGACCCUGCAGAGAGGCGAUGUCGAAGUGCCAGUGCUGGAAAAGUUAGUUGUGUUACUUGGGGUGAUUUUAGAAGAUGGAUUUCUUCCUUCUGAAUUGGAACUGGUUGUGAGGUUCACAAUCAUGACCUUUGAUCCUCCUGAGUUAACAUCACGUAGCCAUAUAUCACGGGAAUCAAUGGGGAAACAUGUUAUCGUAAGAAAUAUGCUACUUGAGAUGCUUAUUGAUCUUCAAGUGACCAUUCACUCAGAUGAAUUGCUUGAGCAGUGGCACAAAAUUGUUUCAUCAAAGUUAAUUACCUAUUUCCUUGAUGAGGCUGUUCAUCCUACCAGUAUGAGGUGGAUCAUGACCCUUUUAGGGGUGUGCCUUGCAUCUUCUCCCACAUUUGCACUAAAAUUUCGCUCAAGUGGUGGUUAUCAGGGUUUGACAAGGGUGCUUACGAAUUUCUAUGAUUCUCCUGAUAUUUACUACAUUUUAUUUUGUUUGAUGUUUGGGAAGCCUGUGUAUCCAAGGUUACCAGAAGUUCGCAUGCUUGACUUUCAUAUGCUCAUGCCAAGUGAUAAUAACUGUGGGGAGUUGAAAUUUGUUGAGCUUCUGGAAUCUGCUAUUGCUAUGGCAAAAUCAACAUUUGAUAGGUUAUGCAUGCAGUCAAUGCUUGCACAUGAAACUGGCAAUCUUUCCCAGAUUGGUGCUAGCCUUGUGGCUGAGCUGGUAGAUGAGUGUAUAGAUAUGGCUGGAGAGCUCCAAGGUGAAGCUUUGAUGCACAAAACUUAUGCUGCCCGUUUGAUGGGUGGAGAGGCGUCAGCACCUGCUGCGGCAACUUCUGUUUUGAGAUUUAUGGUUGAUCUUGCAAAAAUUUGCCCUCCCUUUUCUGCUGUCUGCAGAAGGGCUGAAUUUCUUGAAAGCUCUAUUAACCUCUACUUUUCUUGCAUCAGGGCCUCCCAAGCUGUGAAGAUGGCAAAAGAACUCACUGAAAAAGCUGAUGACAAGAAUUUGAACGAUGAUGACAGUAGUGUCUCCCAGAAUUCUUUCUCAAGCUUGCCUCAAGAACAUGAGUUGUCAGCAAAGACCUCUAUCAGUAUAGGAAGCUUCACCCAGGCUAAUGUGAGUGCUAGCUCUGAAGAUUUGUCUGCUUUUCCAAAUAACGUAGGAGCUGAGAAGCCAGAAAUUGAUGUUAAAGCAGUGCAAGUAGACAGACCAGUGAAGGACGGUGGACCUACCUCAGGUAGUGUUGAUGGUGAAGCAAUUGACAAGGCAUCCAAUGACACUUCUGGAAGUCGUGAGUUUGACUUUCGUGACAUGAAAGACACUCCCAAUCAUAUUCAUCAGAAUGAGUCAGAGAGUUCUCUUUCUUUGACCAUGCUGGAAUCUCCUAGUUUGUCAGAGAGAUCUAAUUCCAGGAUCCCACAAACUCCAUCUCAAUCUCCAUCCCCAGUAACAUUGACACCUUGGGUGGGGCGUGCAAGUCACAAUGAUAUUAAAGUACGGUCAACUUCAACCCUAUCUAUGGAGUCUUCUAUGUCUGCAAUUGAUGUGGAUUCUGCUUCAGACACGAAGUCUGCUUCUCAAACAGAAUCUGCUUCAAACUCAUUAUUUGUUAUAAGUCCAAAACUUCUCCUUGAAGUAGAUGAUUCUGGCUAUGGAGGCGGUCCAUGCUCUGCUGGUGCUACUGCAAUUCUAGAUCUUGUGGCAGAAGUUCUAUCGGGUCUUGUCACUGAGCAGAUGAAAGCUGCCCCAUUCAUUGAAGCUGUGUUGGAAAGCGCGCCUCUCUAUGUUGAUGCUGAAUCUGUUUUAGUUUUCCAGGGAUUAUGCCUUAGUAGACUAAUGAUCUUUCUUGAAAGGCGGCUCAUGCAAGAUGAUGAGGAAAAUGAGAAGAAGUUGGAUAAGGCUCGGUGGUCCUUGAACUUAGAUGUGCUGUCUUGCAUGAUAGUCGAUCGUGUGUAUAUGGGCGCUUUUCCUCAGCCUGCUACUGUUUUAAAGACUUUGGAGUUUUUGUUAUCCAUGCUACAGUUGGCAAAUAAAGAUGGUAGGAUUGAAGACACAAUUCCAACUGGCAAAGGUCUCCUUUCUAUUGGUAGAGGAAAUAGACAACUUGAAGCUUAUAUGCAUGCUCUUUUAAAGAAUAUGAAUCGUAUGAUACUCUACUGUUUCCUUCCAUCAUUCUUAUGCACAAUUGGUGAAGACGACCUUCUCUCACGUUUGGGCUUGCAGAGUGAACCUAAGAAAAGAUUGUUUACUUACUCUUUGCCUGAGGAAGGGGGUCUUGAUAUCUUUACAGUUUUACAGUUACUGGUUGCUCACAGACGAAUAAUAUUUUGCCCCAGUAAUAUAGAGAAGGAUCUGAAUUGUUGCCUUUGUAUAAAUUUAAUUUCUCUUCUCCAUGACCACAGACAAAAUGUUCAAAAUGCAGCUGUUGAUAUUAUCAAGUAUCUUCUGGUCCAUUGCAGAGCUGCACUUGAAGAGUUUCUUGUCACUAAAACAAAUCAGGCCCUGUCACUGGAUGUUCUUCAUGGUGGUUUUGAUAAGCUUUUGACUGGAAAUGUGUCUGAAUUUUUUGAAUGGCUUAAUACUGCUGAGCCACUCAUCAAUAGAGUGUUGGAACAGUGUGCUGCCAUUAUGUGGACACAGUAUAUAGCUGGGUCUGCCAAGUUCCCUGGGGUGAGGAUAAAGGGCAUGGAUAGUCGUCGUAAGAGAGAAAUGGGGAAAAAAUCAAGGGAUGUCUCAAAACUAGAUCAAAGACAUUGGGAACAGGUGAAUGAAAGGAGAAUUGCUCUUGAAUUGGUUCGUGAUGCCAUGUCAACUGAGUUACGUGUUAUCCGGCAGGAUAAGUAUGGAUGGGUGCUUCAUGCUGAAAGUGAGUGGCAAACUCACCUCCAGCAACUUGUUCACGAUCGAGGAAUAUUUCCAAUUGGAAAAUCAUGUACUAAUGAAAACGAGCCUGAAUGGCAACUUUGUCCCAUUGAAGGUCCAUUACGAAUGAGAAAAAAACUUGAACGAUGUAAGCUAAAAAUUGACACCAUUCGGCAUGAUCUUGAUGAACAAUUGGUAUUAGAAGGAGAGAUGUCCAAGCUGAAAACUGAAAAUGAAGACCAUGCCUCUGAUACUGGAUCGGAUAUCUUUUAUAAUCUUUUAAUUGGUCAGGAGGGGGAUGAAUCUUCGGUUGCUGAAUUUCAUGAACCAGCUUUCAAAGAAACAGAUUCCGCUCAUGAUGUAAGUUUUUCUGGGAUUGGAUGGAAUGAUGAUAAAGAGAGUAGCAUCAAUGAAGCAAGCCUGCAUUCGGCCAAUGACUUUGGGGUCAAGUCCAGUGCUGCAUCCACCCAAAGGGCAGAAAGUGUUCAAGGGAAGUCUGAUUUUGGAUCUGCAAGGCAAUCUUCCAUAAGAAUUGAUGAAAUGAGGUUGGCAGAGGAGAAGUCCGAUAAAGAACUAAAUGAUAGUGGAGAAUACUUGAUCCGACCUUAUUUGGAACCUCUUGAAAGGAUCAAACAUAAGUAUAAUUGUGAAAGAGUUGCGGGCCUUGACAAACAUGAUGGGAUAUUUCUAAUUGGAGAAUUGUCACUAUAUGUUAUUGAGAAUUUUUACAUUGAUGAUUCUGACUGCAUAUGCGAAAAGGAUAGCGAGGAUGAACUUUCUGUUAUUGACAAGGCUUUAGGUGUCAAGAUGGACUCUUCUUCUAGCAUGGAUUCUCAUUCCAAGCCAGCUUCAUCAUGGUCUGCUCCAAUGAGAACAUACUCUGUGGGUAGGGCAUGGGCAUACAAUGGCGGAGCAUGGGGUAUGGAAAAAGUAGGAAGUAGUGGUAAUGUACCCCAUCUUUGGCGCAUGUGGAAGCUUGAUAGCGUCCAUGAGCUUUUGAAGCGUGAUUAUCAACUUCGACCAGUUGCUAUUGAGAUUUUCAGCAUGGACGGUUGCAAUGACCUAUUGGUUUUCCACAAGAAGGAGAGAGAAGAAGUUUUCAAAAAUCUGGUGGCCUUGAAUCUACCAAGAAACAGCAUAAUAGAUGCGACAUUAUCUGGAUCCACAAAACAGGAUAGCACUGAAGGCAGCCGUCUUUUCAAGGUCAUGGGAAAAUCAAUAACCAAGAGGUGGCAAAAUGGAGAAAUUAGCAAUUUUCAGUACAUUAUGUAUCUGAACACUCUGGCAGGUCGUGGGUACAGUGAUCUUACACAGUAUCCAGUGUUCCCUUGGGUCCUUGCAGAUUAUGAAAGUGAGAAUCUUGAUUUGUCGGAUCCAAAAACAUUCAGAGUACUUGAGAAACCAAUGGGUUGUCAAACAAGGGAAGGCGAAGAGGAGUUCAGGAAGAGGUAUGAGAGCUGGGAUGAUCCAGAUGUUCCCAAAUUUCAUUAUGGUUCUCAUUAUUCUAGUGCUGGGAUUGUUCUCUUCUACCUCUUGCGCCUGGCACCAUUUAGCACAGAGAAUCAAAAGCUGCAGGGUGGACAAUUUGACCAUGCUGAUCGGCUUUUCAAUAGUGUUGGGGAUACCUGGUUGAGUGCGGCUGGGAAGGGCAACACUUCAGAUGUGAAGGAGCUUAUUCCUGAAUUCUUCUAUAUGCCGGAAUUUCUGGAAAACAGGUUCAAUCUUGAUUUAGGCGAGAAACAAUCGGGAGAAAAGGUUGAUGAUGUUAUCUUACCUCCAUGGGCCAAGGGCAGUGCAAGGGAGUUCAUUAGGAAACAUAGGGAAGCCUUGGAAUCUGAUUAUGUUUCAGAGCAUCUCCAUCACUGGAUAGACCUCAUUUUUGGAUACAAGCAGCGGGGAAAGGCAGCAGAGGAAGCUGUCAACGUUUUCUACCACUAUACAUAUGAAGGCAGCGUCGAUAUUGACUCCGUUACAGAUCCUGCAAUGAAAGCGUCAAUACUGGCACAGAUUAAUCACUUUGGUCAAACGCCGAAGCAGCUCUUCUUAAAGCCUCAUGUUAAGAGACGAAUAGAUAAAAGAUCUGUUCCUCAUCCACUCAGACACGCUUCAAUGCUUGUUCCUCGUGAGAUUCGGAAGAGCAAGUCUGCCAUAUCCCAAAUCGUGACUUUGAAUGACAAAAUUCUCAUUGCUGGUGCAAACACCUUGCUAAAGCCGCGAACAUUUACCAAAUAUGUUGCAUGGAGUUUCCCAGAUCGGAGCUUGCGGUUUAUUCAGCAAGAUCAGGAUAAGCUUCUUUCCACUCAUGAAAAUCUUCAUGGUGGCAACCAAAUCCAAUCUGUUAGCGCUAGCCAUGAUGGCCAAACUUUGGUGACCGGAGCAGAUGAUGGCUUAAUUUGCGUUUGGAGAAUCUCUAGCGGGCCUCGUACACUUCAGAACUUGCAGUUAGAGAGGGCUCUUUGUGGCCAUACCGGUAAAAUCAGUUGUCUUCGAGUUAGCCAGCCCUACAUGAUAAUUGUCAGCGGAUCCGACGAUUGUACUGUUAUAAUAUGGGACCUCAGCUCUUUGGUUUUCAUUAGACAGCUGCCCGAGUUCCCUUCACCAGUUUCAGCGAUCUUCGUAAAUGACCUGACUGGAGAAAUUGUGACUGCAGCUGGUGUGACCCUUGCUGUUUGGAGCAUCAAUGGCGACUGCCUUGCUGUCGUCAACACAUCGCAACUUCCAUCCGACUUCAUCCUCUCACUUACAGGCUCGACAACCUCAGACUGGUUGGAAACAAACUGGUAUGUCUCAGGUCACCAAAGCGGUGCUGUCAAAGUCUGGAAAAUGGUUCACUCCAGCGAGUCACCACAGACUAAACAAACCGGUGGAAGCCCAACCGGUGGGCUAUGUCUCGGAAGCAAAGCUCCUGAAUACCGGUUGAUCCUACAGAAGGUCCUGAAAGCCCACAAAUCCCCCGUCACAUCCCUCCACCUCUCGGGUGAUCUUAAGCAGCUGUUGAGUGGGGAUUCGAGCGGACACCUGCUGUCAUGGACGAUAUCGGAUGAAGCCUUGAGAUCGAAUGCUAACCUGGGGUGACGAGAAAAUGAUGCCAGAAGUAUGAAUGAUAUUGUAGUUUCGCAUCUGCUCUAGAUGGUUUUUUUCUUAACAGAUGUCUCUCCUUGGUAAUGUGGAGUUGUGUCCAUUAGGUUCGUCGGACAGAAUGUCGUGGCCUCGCCUCUAACAAGUGCCUCACAGCUUCGGGACAAGCCC